AUAGCCACGCAGCCUGUUUUAUUGUUUGUGGAGUCCUGCGGCUCCGAGCGCUUCACAGACGGGAAGGAGGGCAAGUGGGCGGUUUAUGAUUCUGCGCUCUGCCGGGACAAGAGAGCUGAGCCCUUUGGUUUUUCGCGAGUAACCUGUGCGUGUGAACUUUGAGCUGGGGGCCUGCUGGACACUGGAUCUUUUUCUCCAGGGUGAGAAGUUACGUCCUUGCGCACCGGACAGCUGGCUCUCUGCCCUUGUGGGUAAAGAUGCCUAGGAGAGGCGUAGGAUUACAGUUUGGGAUGCUAGGGACACACCAAAGUGUCGGAGUGCCUUGGUUCUGUUCUUUACAAAGUCCUGACAAGUGUGCCUGAAAUGAACAGCCUGCUUCAUUUUAAAAGAAAUUGUGCCGAUAUUUAUUUUUUAUUUUUUUGACUGUGGACAUCCCUGACCUAGAACUGAGUACCAGUAUGUGGCCAGGGUAAAUUUUUUUAAAAAAAUUUCUUAAUCCUUUAUUUUUCUUUUUAAUCGGUUGUCAGAAGCAGCCUUUUGCAUAAUUCCAUGCCUGACGUUGUCUGAAUAAGUGGGAAGCAGCAGGCAAUUUGGAGGACCUGGGCCAAUUUAAAAAAAAAAAACACCAAGCUUUUUGUUUAUCUGGCUGUCCUUUGUCUCUAGUCGAGUUUGAUGUGAAAGAAGAUGAAAAAGGAAGGCUCUUCAGCUUCCUUCAGACUCAAGCCAAACUCAGGGUCUCUCUCACGUGCUGUGAGUUGGAUAAAUUUCUCCUCCUUGUCCAGGCAGACAAAGAGGCUGUUUCGCAGUGAUGGAGAGCUGUCGGUCUAUGGGCAGCAGGUGGAAGCAGAUGAUGAAAACUGGACAUACAGAACCCAGCCCACAAAAGCGGUUUCCAACCUAGAUGAGGAGAGUCGAUGGACAGUCCACUACACUGCUCCAUGGCACCAGCAGGAGAAUGUGUUCCUUCCCACCACAAGACCCCCUUGUGUUGAGGACCUACACCGCCAAGCCAAGCUCAACCUCAAAUCAGUAUUGAGGGAAUGUGAUAAAUUAAGGCGGGAUGGCUACCGAAGUUCUCAGUACUACUCUCAGGGACCCACUUUUGCAGCCAAUUCUAGCCCACUCUGCGAAGAUUAUCAAGAUGAGGAUGCAGAAACAGAUCCAAAGUGUUCUCUUUCUUCAUCAGAAGAAAGACUUAUUGGCAUCAGAAGACCUAAAACGCCAACCUCAGGUGACUUCUCUGACCUUAACACUCAGACCAACUGGACCAAGUCACUGCCACUGCCAACACCAGAAGAGAAGAUGCGCCAGCAAGCCCAAACGGUCCAGGCUGACGUGGUGCCCAUUAACAUAACUGGGGAGAAUUUCGAUCGCCAGGCCAGCCUUCGGCGGUCUCUAAUUUACACAGACACUCUGGUAAGACGACCGAAGAAAGUCAAAAGGAGAAAGACUAUUACAGGAGUCCCAGACAACAUUCAGAAGGAGCUAGCACUGGGCGCUGGCCAAGAUGAUGUUGGUGGCCACUCAGUGUACACCCCAGACCACUACUCCACGCUAGGAAGGCUUGAUAACUGCCGGUCUGCUGGGCCGCGCUCAGAAACCAAGGACUCCAGCUGCCAGACUGAGGACAUGAAAGUUGUACCUCCUUCCAUGAGAAGAAUCAGGGCGUAUAAGGGGCUUGGCAUUGCUGCCCAGAUGAGCCACUUCUCAGGCUCCUCGGGCAACAUGUCUGUGCUGAGUGACUCGGCGGGUAUUGUGGGCCCUUCCCGUCUCAACAACGAUGCCGGCUUCCACAGUCUUCCACGUUCUGCAGCCAGAGCGAACGCUCACUCCCUGGAGUCAAGACUGGGUGCCCUGGGCCCUACAGAAGACAUGGAGGGCACUUUCCGCUACCAGAGGGCUCACUCACAAGGAGAUGAAAACUUAGGACAUUUAGGAGGUGCCUCCAGGACAGGGCCACUUUUGAGGCCCAAAUCCCAGGAGCUGAGGCACCUUGAGAGUGAAAACAUAACCAGCCCAGCGUGUGUGGUUUCUCCUCACGCCACCUACUCUACCAGCAUCAUCCCAAAUGCCACGCUCUUGUCCUCUUCCGAGGUCAUUGUUAUUCACACUGCUCAGAGUGCAGGGCAGCUGGACAGUAAAAUGACCGGCUCAUCCUCAUACUCCAAGAUGAAAUCCAGAGACCACCUCGUCUCCAGACACGCUAUGAAAGAGGAUCAUCAGGCCCCUAGUCGCCACUGGGGUGAGGGACAUUCUUCCAUGGCCUUAGAUAAUCAUUCUCCUGGUGCUACCACACUGUUGUCCCUCUGUGAUUCAGAGGUUUCACUAAAUGCCCCAGCAGAUAGGGAGAAUGGGUCCCGAGCCAUGCCCUAUAAUUAUAGAAACAGCCUGAGCUUCCCGGGUCACCCCCAGGAUGUGGAUGGGAAGAGUGAAUCUAGUUAUUCAGGGGAGAGAGGGCAUGGCAGCUCAGAGCCUUGGGAAUACAAAACCUCUGGCAACGGGCGGGCAUCUCCACUGAAGCCACAUUUGGCCACUCCUGGUUACUCCACCCCCACAAGUAACAUGAGUAGCUGCAGUUUAGACCAAACAUCCAUCAAAGAGGAUGCCAGGUCCUUGUAUUCAGAAGAUCACGACGGCUACUCCACAUCCAUACACGAUGACCCUGGUCGUGGGUCUGGGAUUCUGUGCAGCAGCAGCGAUGGCUUUGGGAAUCCCAGGCACAGCGUGGUCAAUGUUUUCGAUGGAAAGUCUCAGAAAAGCCAAGGGGACCGGCCACAUUACCAUGAUAAAACAUUUUCUAGAAACAUCUCUUUGAAGAAAGCAAAGAAACCUCCCCUGCCACCCUCCCGGACGGACUCUCUCCGCAGGAUCCCGAAGAAGACCCAGUCUAACGGGCAGGUGCUCAACGAGAGCCUCAUUGCCACACUUCAGCACUCGCUGCAGCUGAGCCUCCCAGGCAAGGGCAGCAGCUCACCCUCACAGAGCCCCUGCAGUGACUUUGAGGAGCCCUGGCUGCCCCGUUCCCGGAGCCAGAGCACAGUCAGCGCUGGCAGCAGCAUGACCUCCACCACCAACCCCAACAUGUACUCCCUGUGCGGGGUCACACCCUCACAGAGCGACACAAGCAGUGUCAAGUCAGAGUACACAGACCCUUGGGGCUACUACAUCGACUACACAGGCGUGCAAGAAGACCCGGGGAACCCAGCAGGGGGCUGUUCAGCCAGCAGCAGCGGGGCACCAACUGGAAACGGGCCAGUCCGCCACAUCCAGGAGGGGUCCAGGGCCACAAUGCCCCAAGUGCCUGGUGGUCCAGUCAAACCAAAGAUCACAUCACCGGAGAAGUCACAGAGAGUCACUUCUCCGUCCAGUGGGUAUUCCAGCCAGUCGAAUACACCCACAGCACUCACCCCUGUGCCUGUGUUUUUAAAAUCGGCGUCACCAGCAAAUGGGAAGGUGAAGGCCAAGCCCAAGGUACCAGAAAGGAAAUCCUCGCUGAUUUCUUCUGUGUCCGUGUCCUCAUCGUCCACUUCUCUCUCCUCUAAUACUUCUACUGAAGGAAGUGGCACUGUGAAGAAGUCAGACUCAGCAGGGUCCUCGGCCCUUGCUACUGCUGCUCCUCCUCCUCCUCCUCCUCCUCCUCCUCCUCCUCUUCCUCCUCCUCCUCUUCCAGCUCCAUAUCCUGCUGACAAGUCCCCUGUUCUUCCUCCCCCUCCUCCUUCAGCAGAUUGCUCCCAGGGCUCUCCUCUGCCUCACUCUCCUCUGUUCCCCCCUCCACCCCCAGAAGCUCUCACCCCCUUCGGCUGCCCCCCUGACGGGUGCCUCCCCCCUCCCCCCUUCCCUCAAGACUCUUUGGCUUCCUUGCCAUUGCCUCCACCUUUCUCACCCAGCUCAGGCCCCCCACCUGCUCCACCACUUGACCCCAAAUUCAUGAAAGACACCAGGCCUUCUUUCAAAAGCUCUGGCCAGCUGGGGUCCUCCCAGGAGUCCUUGAGGCGGCCUUCAAACAAGGAGGAGAACAGCAGACCACCGCUGCCCCUGAUCACCACGGAAGCACUACAGAUGGUGCAGUUGAGGCCCGUGAGAAAGAACUCGGGCACCGAGGUAGCUCUGUUGUCUGAACCAGUGGCUCAGGAACAACGAGCUCCGACUGCUCCACAGUAUCACUUAAAGCCAUCUGCUUUCCUGAAAUCCCGAAAUAGCAUAAAUGAAAUGGAGAGUGAAAGCCAGCCUGCCUCUGUGACAAGCUUGCUUCCAACGCCUGCCAAGAACCCAAGUCAGGGUGACCAUGACAGCGCAGCGGAGCAUGGCAGCCCUCUGAGCCUUAGGCAUGGGGCUCCAAGUCCUGGGCUGGGCACUGAGGAAGCAGAGGUUCUGCCUGGCCCCAGCACUGUCCCUCUCCCAGACUCUUCACCCAGCAGGAAGCCACCUCCCAUCUCCAAGAAACCCAAACUGUUCUUGGUGGUGCCACCUCCACAGAGAGAUUUCGCUGCAGAACCCUCGGAGAACAGGAGGGAAGUCUUCCGAAACCCCAUCCGGGCAGAGGAGGUUUCUGUGCACAGCAGAGAGGCAAAAGAGAGUUCUGCAGCCCCAGCCGGUUCUCAUGCUACGGACCCCAGCAGCUCAGUUCUGGAGGGAGGAGCUGCAGGAUCCCUGUAUCCCAGCAGAGUGGAAGCCAAUGUCCCCAUGGUACAGCCUGAUGCCUUAUCAGCCCCCACGCAGGAAGAGCCAGCCGUGAACAGUGUGGAUGGUGGGGGCAAUGCGGAGAGCUGCCUCUCUGAACAGGAGGGAGAAGCUGGGGCACUGGAGACCAAUGCUGCCGGCUCCUCCUCAGAAGCCUGCGACUUCCUCCUUAAGGGGGAUGGGAGUGACGAGGUGAUGACCCCCACCAGACCCAGGACCACAGAAGACCUUUUCGCAGCUAUUCACAGAUCCAAAAGGAAAGUCCUUGGCCGUAAAGAUUCGGAGGACGAUCACUCCCGAAACCAUUCUCCCUCCCCGCCAGUGACACCCACGGGCGCUACCCCCAGCCUGGCCUCUCCGAAGCAAGUGGGGUCCAUUCAGAGAAGCGUGCGCAAGAGCAGCACCAGCAGCGACAACUUCAAAGCUCUGCUGCUGAAAAAGGGGAGUCGCUCCGACGCCAGCGCCCGCAUGUCGGCGGCAGAGAUGCUCAAGAACACAGACCCGCGGUUCCAGAGGUCCAGGUCCGAGCCUGCGCCAGACACCCCCGAGAGCCCAUCAAGCUGCUCCCCGAGCAAGAACAGAAGGGCCCAGGAGGAGUGGGCCAAGAACGAAGGCUUGAUGCCGCGGAGUCUGUCCUUUUCCGGGCCCAGGUACGGCCGCAGCCGCACGCCCCCCUCUGCGGCCAGCAGCAGGUACGGGGUGCGAAACCGCAUCCAGAGCAGCCCCAUGACCGUCAUCUCCGAGGGCGAAGGGGAGCCCGUGGAGCCUGCGGACAACAGGGCUCACCAGGCUCUGGACAGCACGAAGGCAUGUUCCCUGGACGGACUGGCCGGCGAAGAGAUGGACGAGGGCAGUCUGCUGUGUGAUGAGGGGCCUGUCACCUCCGUGCAACCACGGGCUCCUGGGCGCACCAACGGGGUAGCCAGGACAGAGGACAGGGAUCCCCCAGAGCAAUGUGGGGGCACUGGUAGGGAGGAGAGUUAGGACCAGAUUGGGCCGCUCCCGGGUGAUGGGGGAGAGAGCCAUGCACCGCUCUAGGGAGCCUGAGGGGCCCUUCCCUGGCUUGCCGCUUCCCACUGAGCGUCGGUGCUGUGGGCCCAAAGAUGCGGGGCCCUUAGGAUUCACUGGCCACUUGCUGUUGUGGCUUCAAAGCAAGUAGAAGCUUAAACUUCUGAAAGUGCUUCCUGGGGAAGAUUUGUUUUUUUCCCCCCAAAAAUGCUGGGUGUUUGUGUGUGUGUGUGUGUGCAUUUUGAACACUUUUUAACAAAUACACACUCACACACAAUACUGUACAGAAAUAGAAAGUAAGUCAGAGUUAAUAGGUAGAGUAAUGGAGUCUUCUGGACUAGGUGGUGACUGCUUUCAAAGCGUUAUGCUUAUGGAAAUGAGUGAGUUCCCUAGGAAGGGAGAAGUCAUUACUUCUAAGAAAGAGGUGGUAGUUGGUUGGUUCUUAAUGCAGAACACAUGGAUAUUUAUGCUCACCAAGGGGAGGCAGGGCUAGCCAGGGGCUGGUAAAGGCUAAGCAACUAACUGGUUCAGGUACUUUUCUCUGGGGGGGAAGAAGGCUUUGUUUCUUUUUUGUAAAAAUGGCAAAAACAUGGAAAGUGGCAAUGCUGAAACUUGGUGCCUGCUGCUGUGCAGCCACAAAUACACACGACUUUUAGAGCCUGAGGUUUAGAAGCGUGAGCAGUUUUUAAGUGAAUUCCCUCCUUGAGUAGCAGCUGAGUCCUUCUUGGAGAACUGAAGUGAUAGUGGAGACUUGGAGGGAGAGAGGAGAAGUGAGGGCAGAGGAGAGGAGUAAGUGAUACACUGAUGGAAUCUAUUUCCUGCUUAUUAAAUAAAGUUAUUUUUCAGAAUUAAAGUUGAAAACUUGCACUACAGAACUGUGGGUGAAGCUGAUCCUUUUACAAGAGUUUUGUAACCAGAGUUUAAACUUCCAUUUGGCCAUUUCUAUCACUUGAAAUGUCAACAUUUGCUAACUUUUGGAUAUAUCCUUUUGGUUACACCAAAGAAAAAAAUAUUGCUAUUUUUUUUUCCUUGAAUGCCUGCAGCAUUAUGUCCUAAUUUAGAAAAGUUUACCAAAAUUUAUUAUAUAUUAUCUUACUUUGAAGAAAAUGCUGGAUAGCUCUUGUUAGUCAAAUAAAUUGAUAAAAAUUGGUAGGGUUUGGCUAUUAAUUAGCCCUGGGAAAUGAGUUUUUAGAUUAAAAAGAUUUUUUUGCAUCAUUUGGUUUGUGUGUUUUUAUAUUUGUUUAUAAAUAAUUGAGUUGCUAACUACCUUCUAAUUUUCUCCAAUUAGAAUUUCAACAGUUUUAGAUAUGGGAGAAAGGUGUGUGAAGUAUUUAUUUUAAUGUAAUGUUCUUGAGACUCUCCUUCCCUCCCGACUUCCACAUACUUAAAAUGCAACAUACAACAGUUUUGCCUUUUUAUAUAGGACGACAAUACUGAGAUUUUGUUCUAAAUCCAGUGCAGCUGUCAAUUUCUUUUUCUUUUUUCUUUUUUGGUAUGAAAAUCUCAUCUAAAAGUUGGACUGCACAGGUUAAGUCAUUCUAAGGUUUACAAAAUAAAACCUUUGAUACCCAUGUUACACAUGUCUUUGGGGCAAAAACAAACCUAAUGAAUUAAAGGCUCCUUUUCUUCUCUGAGGAAAUAACACUUUCCUUUCACACAACCAGGUAUGGCAUUUGGGCCUGAGUAAAAGGGAUUUUUAUCCUUUUGGGUAAUUGUCUACUACAUGGGGCACAUGGAUCUUUUCUUGUAAAUUUUAGAAAAGAAGUGUUGGCUUUUGAAUAUGAAAUCUUCCCAUAGCUCCCUGAAAAGGAUUAGAAUGUACGUGGUCAAAAAAAUCUUGAGCUUAAUAUAUAAAUCAUUUAUUUGAAGGCAAAGUCAGCAACAUCAAAACUAAUUAUAAAACCAUUAAAAAAUCCCCAUUUUACAAGAUACAUAUUAGGUUUUGAAUUUGUUUUGAAUAAAAAUCAUUGUAAAAGUCAA